AUGGUUGGCAAAGCAAUAAUCGUGACCGGAGCCAACGGCGGGAUCGGGUUCAGCAUCACGCAGCAGCUGUUGGCCAAACCGGCCGAGACCGUCGCCUUGGUGGUGGCCAUCGACCUGCACGACCACCGUCUCAGAUGUCUCUUGGACCGACAUCAAGAUCGCCUCGAGGUCGUCUGCGGCGACAUCAGCCGGCGAGAAUCCAGUCAGAAAGCGGUGGACGCCGCCAUUUCGCGCGCGGGGAGGCUGGACUCGAUCAUCCUGAACGCCGGCAUCCAGGGGCCGACGGGGUCGAUCUUGAAGACGGACGUCGAGGCGUGGAAGAAAUGCUUCGACGUCAAUUUUUUCUCCUUAGUCCAUUCGAUCCAAGUGGCAGCUCCUCACCUCCACGAGUCCAAGGGUUCGAUCAUCAUGACGACCAGCGGCGUCUCACUGAGCCCCUUUCCGGAAUGGGGCGCGUACGGCUCUUCCAAGGCGGCAAUGAAUUACCUCAACAUGGCCUGGCCCAAGGAGGACCAAAUCGUCCGCAGCGUCUGUAUCCGGCCGGGGAUCGUCGACACCGGUCUGCAGAAGGAGGUUCGAGAUGAGCUCCAGAACUCGUUACCGGAAAAGACAUACACCUGGCUCAAGGGCAUCCACGACCGGGGAGAACUGCUCCGACCGGACCAGCCGGCCCGGACAUUUGUCGCUUUCGCGCUCGGUGGGAUCCCCGAGGAGCUGACGGGCAAAGUGGUCGAUUGGAAUGAUCCCAAAAUCACACAUGUUAGAUGA